GGGCCCGGCCCUUCCUCCCCCGCGUCCGAAGCUCCGGGUGGCCGCGGCCGAGCCGGGAGCCGAGCGCGCUGGGCGCGGCUGUCCCGCCACCGCCGCCUCCGAGCCCCGAGUGCGCCCGCGGCCAUGGUCCCCGCGGCGGCGCCGGGCGCCUGAGCCCCGGGACGCGAGCGCUGGAGGCGGGCGGCCGGCGGUGCGGGCGCGACGGAGAGGCCGCCAGAAGGUGAGCGCCGUGGGCUAUGGGAUGGAUGAGGUGGAGCAGGACCAGCAUGAGGCCCGACUCAAGGAGCUGUUUGACAGUUUUGACACGACAGGCACCGGGUCCUUGGGACAGGAGGAACUCACCGACCUUUGCCACAUGUUGAGCUUGGAGGAGGUGGCCCCAGUGCUCCAGGAGACGCUGCUUCAGGACAACCUCUUGGGCAGGGUGCAUUUUGACCAAUUUAAAGAAGCAUUAAUACUUAUCUUGUCUAGAACUCUGUCAAAUGAAGAACACUUUCAAGAAUCAGCAUCUGUGGGUGUCAGCUGCCAACAAGUAGCUCGGGUGUCUGGGCCGCUCCUGAAUACUCACAGGCUGACACACUCUCUCCUGAUGAAAGACUGUUCACUAGAAGCUCAGCCCAAAUAUGUUAAAGGUGGGAAGCGUUACGGACGAAGGUCCUUGCCUGAGUUUCAAGAAUCCGUGGAAGAGUUUGCAGAGAUUGAGCCACUAGAUGAAGAAGCACGGCCUUCACACACCCCAGCCAGUGACCGCCACGAGCACUGGAAGACACAGCGCAGUGAAGAGUAUGAAGCGGAAGGCCAGUUAAGAUUUUGGAACCCAGAUGACUUGAAUGCCUCACAGAGUGGGUCUUCUGCUCCCCAAGACUGGAUAGAAGAGAAACUGCAGGAGGUUUGUGAAGAUCUGGGGAUCACCCGUGAUGGUCACCUGAACCGAAAGAAGCUGGUCUCCAUCUGUGAGCAGUAUGGCCUGCAGAAUAUCGAUGGAGAGAUGCUUGAGGAAGUCUUCCAUAAUCUUGAUCCUGAUGGUACAAUGAGCGUAGAAGAUUUUUUCUAUGGCUUAUUCAAAAAUGGAAAAUCCCUCACACCAUCAGCAUCUACUCCAUAUAGACAGUUGAAAAGGCACCUCUCCAUGCAGUCCUUCGAUGAGAGUGGACGACGUACCACAACCCCAUCAGCAAUGACAAGUACCAUUGGCUUUCGGGUCUUCUCCUGCCUGGAUGAUGGGAUGGGCUAUGCAUCAGUGGAGAAAAUACUCGACUCCUGGCAGGAAGAGGGCAUUGAGAACAGCCAGGAGAUCCUGAAGGCCUUGGAUUUCAGCCUUGAUGGGAAUGUCAACCUGACAGAAUUGACACUGGCUCUUGAAAAUGAACUUUUGGUCACCAAGAAUGGCAUUCACCAGGCAGCUCUGGCCAGCUUUAAGGCUGAGAUCCGGCAUUUGCUGGAGCGAGUUGAUCAAGUGGUCAGAGAGAAAGAGAAGCUACGGUCAGAUCUGGACAAAGCUGAGAAGCUCAAGUCUCUAAUGGCUUCCGAGGUGGAUGAUCACCAUGCGGCCAUCGAGCGGCGCAAUGAGUACAACCUCAGGAAACUGGAUGAAGAGUACAAGGAGCGAAUAGCAGCCUUAAAGAAUGAACUCCGAAAGGAGAGAGAACAGAUCCUGCAACAGGUGGGCAAGCAGCGCUUGGAACUUGAGCAGGAAAUUGAAAAGGCAAAAACAGAAGAGAACUACAUCCGGGACCGCCUUGCCUUCUCUUUAAAGGAAAACAGUCGUCUAGAAAAUGAGCUUCUGGAAAAUGCAGAGAAGUUGGCAGAGUAUGAGAAUCUGACAAAUAGACUUCAGCGAAAUUUGGAAAAUGUGUUAGCAGAAAAGUUUGGUGACCUUGAUCCUAGCAGUGCUGAAUUCUUUCUGCAAGAGGAGAGGCUGACACAGAUGAGAAACGAAUAUGAGCAGCAGUGCAGGGUAUUACAAGACCAAGUGGAUGAACUCCAGUCUGAGCUGGAGGAAUUUCGCACACAAGGCAAAGUGUUGAGACUUCCCUUAAAGAACUCAGUGUCAGAAGAACUUGAGGUUAACAGUGGUUGCAUUGAGCCUGACCAGGGGCUUGGUUCUGAAGAAUGCAAUCCAUUGACUAUGAGCAUCGAGGCGGAGCUGGUCAUUGAGCAGAUGAAAGAACAACAUCACAGGGACUUAUGUCGCUUAAGACUGGAGCUUGAAGAUAAAGUGCACCAUUAUGAAAAGCAGCUAGAUGAAACCAAGGUCACCUGUGAAAAGGAGCAAGACAGCAUGAAGCAAAAGUACGAGAAUGAGGUCCGCGUCUUGGAAAAACAACUAAGUGACCUUAAAAAUGAAACUGCAGAACUUCGGGGCCAGGCAGUGGUGCUCAAGGAAGCACAACAUACAACUCUCUGCAGACACGAGGAGGAGAAAAAAGAACUGCAAAUGAGGUGGGAUGAGGAAAAGGCUCACCUGCGGGAGAAGCUGAGGCUGGAACACGAGAUGGAACUCAAGGCUCGCCUGGAGCAGGCGGAGGACAGCUUUACCCGGGAGAGGGAAGGACUCCUUCGGAAUGGCGCCUGGACAGAAGAGAAGGUGAGAGGCUUGACUCAGGAACUCGAGCAGCUUCACCAGGAUCAGCUGAAAAGCCUGAUGGAGAAGCACGCUCUUGAGAAGGAGGAGUUGCAAAAAGAGCUCUUGGAAAAGCACCAAAGGGAACUUCAAGAGGGAAGGGAAAAAAUGGAAACUGAGUGUAAUAGAAGAACCUCUCAGAUAGAAGCCCAGUCUCAGGCUGAUUGUCAGAAGGUCACCGAGAGGUGUGAAAGCGCUCUGCGGAGCCUGGAGGGGCGCUACCGCCAAGAGCUGCAGGAGCUUGUGGAACAGCAGCUGGAGGAGAGAUCCCAGUGGGAGUUUGAGAAGGACGAGCUCGCCCAGGAGUGUGCCGAAGCCCAGGAGCAGCUCAAAGAGACUCUGCAAAGAGAGAAAGCAACAUCUCUGGUCCUGACCCAGGAGAGAGAGAUGCUGGAGAAAACGUACAAGGAACAUUUGAGUAGUAUGGUCGUUGAAAGAGAGCAGCUGCUCAGAGACCUGGAAGAUCUAAGAAACGUGUCUGAAAGUCAACAGAGCCUGCUGUCCGACCAGAUACUUGAGCUGAAGAGCGGUCGUGACAGAGGUCCGAAGGACGGGGAGCAGGUCCCGUGCCAGGUGGGCGCCUCAGAGCAGCAGGCCAGCCAGCAGCUUGAGAAGCUGGAAAUGGAACGUGACCGGGAGAGGCAGGAAAUGAUGGCCAAGCUUCAGGCCAUGGAGAGUGUCCACAGGGUGACCUGUGAGAAGGCAGAUCAGGAGAGGGCCCAGAUGAGCACAGAAAUCUCCAGGCUGCAGAAUAAAAUCAAGCAAAUGCAGCAGGUGGCAUCUCCUUUCUCCAGGAGAGAGAGUGGCUGCUGGGCAGCAGGAGGCGAGGACGCAGAAGGAAGUGGAGCCAUGUCCCUGCUCCAGCAAGGAAAGCAGUUGUUGGAAGAGAAUGGAGAUGUUCUCUUGAGCCUGCAGAGAGCUCAUGAGCGAGCAGUGAAGGAAAAUGUGAAAAUGGCCACUGAAAUUUCGAGAUUGCAACAGAAGCUACAGAAAUUAGAGCCAGGGUCGGUGAUGUCUUCUUGUUUAGACGAGCCAACUACUGGAUUCUUUGGAAAUUCUGUGGAACGGACAGAGCCAUUUUUACUGCAAAAUCAAAUGAAGCAAGUAGAAGGUGUAGCCACACGGUGCGCCCUAAGUGACCUACAAGACGACGAGGCCCGGGAUCUGGGAAGUACAGGGACGAGCUCAGCUCAGAGACAGGAGGUCAAGACAGAGGAGUCUGAAGCAUCAAUAGAGAGUUUUUCCGAGCUCGAGAAUAGUGAAGAGACCAGGACCGAGACCUGGGACCUGAAGAAUCAGAUUUGUCAGCUUCAGGAACAGCUAAUGAUCUUGCGUGCAGACUGCAGUCGAGCUUCUGAAAAGAAACAGGACCUACUUUUUGACGUUUCUGUGCUAAAAAAGAAACUGAAGAUGCUUGAGAGAAUCCCCGAGGCUUCCCCCAAGUAUAAAUUGUUAUAUGAAGAUGCCAGCAGAGAAAAUGACUGUCUUCAGGAAGAGCUGAGAGUGAUGGAGAUGCGCUAUGACGAAGCCCUAGAAAAUAACAAAGACCUCACUUCGGAAGUUUUCAAAUUGCAGGAUGAGCUAAAGAAAGUUGAAGAGGUGACUGAAACCUUCCUUAGCCUGGAAAAGAGUUACGAUGAGGUCAAGAGAGAAAACGAGGAACUGCAUGUUCUGGUUUUGAGGCUUCAAGGCAAGAUCGAGAGGCUCCAGGAAAGAGCGGUGCUGCGCUGUGACUGCUUCUCCUUAUGGGAAGCCCAUUUAGAUAACCGGGAAGUCCAACCUGACGAGAAGGUGCUCGGACGACAUCAGACAUGGGAAGAGCGUGUGCCCGCGGUGACAAGUGUCCAUCAUAUUCUAGAAGAACAUUAUCAAGAAAACCAGGACCUCGAGCAGCAGAAUGCACAGCCCGUGGGAGAAGUAAAAGCGAGUGAAAUUGCCUGGCUUCACAGAACAAUCCGGACACGUCGAGAGAAGCCCAGAGUACAGAACCAAGUUCUGCUGGAGGAAGACACCGCUCUGCCGGGCCUUCAAGACGGACAUCUUCAGCGUCAGGCCACCAUAGUGGAGUUGGAACUGGAGAAGAAGAAGCUGCAGGAGCUGACUAGAAAGCUGAGGGAGAGAGUCACUACUUUAGUUAAGCAGAAAGAUGGACCUUCUCAAGGAGAAAAUGAGGAAGAACUAAAGGCGAUGAUGCAUGACUUGCAAAUCACGUGCAGUGAGAUGCAACAGAAAGUUGAACUUCUGAGAUGUGAAUCUGAGAAGCUUCAAGAAGAAAAUUCUAUUUUGAGAAGUGAAAUUACUACUUUAAAUGAAGAAGAUAGCAUUUCUAACCUGAAAUUAGGGAAAUUAAAUGGAUCUCAGGAAGAAAUGUGGCAAAAAAUAGAAAGUGUAAAACAGGAAAAAGCUGCAGUUCAGAAGAUGGUUGAAAAUUUAAAGAAACAGAUUUCAGAAUUAAAAACCCAAAACCAACAAUUGGAUUUGGAAAAUACCGAACUUAGCCAAAAGAACUCUCAAAAUGAGAAAGAACUGCAAGAACUUAAUCAACGUCUGGCAGAAAUGCUACGCCAGAAGGAUAAAGAGCCAGGGCGCAGUACAUUGGAGGAAUGGAAACAAGAAAAGUCUAAUCUGAAGGAAGAACUGGAACAGUGUAAAGUGCAGUCCUCCACUUUAGUGUCUUCUCUGGAGGCAGAACUGUCUGAAGUGAAAAUACAGACUCAUAUUGUGGAACAGGAGAACCUCCUUCUCAAAGAUGAACUGGAGAAAAUGAAACAACUGCACAGAUGUCCUGAUCUUGGUGACUUCCAGCAAAAACUUGCUAGUGUUCUCAGCUACAAUGAAAAACUGCUGGAAGAAAAGGAGGCUCUCAGUGAAGAACUAAAGAGCUGUGUGGAUAAGUUGGCAAAAUCAAGUCUUUUAGAGCACAGAAUUGCCACUAUGAAGCAAGAACAGAAAUCUUGGGAACACCAGAGUGAAACCUUAAAGUCGCAACUAGAGGCUUCACAGGAAAAGGUUCAGAGUUUAGAAGACACCCUACAGAAUGUGAACCUGCAAAUGUCCCUGAUUAAAUCUGACCUACGAGUGACUCAGCAGGAAAAGGAGGCUUUGAAACAAGAAGUGACGUCUUUAUAUAAACAACUUCAGAAUGCUGGUGACAAGAACUGGGCCCCAGAAAUAGCCACCUUCCAUAACCAGCAGCAAAGGCCUUCUUGGGACCAGAUGGAUCAUCUGAUGAAGGAGGAACAACAGCUGCUUUGGCAAGAGAACGAGAGACUCCAAACUGUGGUGCGGAACACCAAAGCGGAACUCACGCACUCACGGGACAAGGUCCGUCAACUGGAAUCAAACCUUCUUCCCCCUAAGCACCAAAAACAUCUAAACUCAUCGGGUACGGUGAGGCCUACAGAGCAAGAGAAGUUGAGCUUAAAGAGAGAGUGUGAACAAUUUCAAAAGGAACGAUCACCUACUAAUAGGAAGCAGGUCAGUCAGAUGAAUUCCCUUGAAAGAGAGUUAGAAACAAUUCAUUUGGAAAAUGAAGGCCUGAAAAAGAAACAAGUAAAACUGGAUGAGCAGCUAAUGGAGAUGCAGCACCUGAGGUCCACUGUGAUGUUUAGCCCAUCCCCUCCCACGUGGGAUCUCCAGCUGCACCAGCAGCAAGCCUGUCCGACGGUGCCCAGGGAGCAGUUUCUGCAGCUUCAACAGCAGCUGCUGCAGGCAGAAAGGAUAAACCAGUGCCUGCAGGAGGAACUUGAAAACAGGACCUCCGAAACCAACACGCCGCAGGGAAACCAGGAACAACUGGUAACUGUCAUGGAAGAACGGAUGAUGGAAGUUGAACAGAAAUUGAAACUGGUGAAAAGGCUUCUUCAGGAUAAAGUGAAUCAGCUCAAAGAACAACUGUGCAAGAAUACUAAAGCAGAUGCGAUGGUGAAGGAUUUGUAUGUUGAAAAUGCCCAGUUGUUGAGAGCUCUGGAAAUGACUGAACAGCGACAAAAAACAGCAGAAAAGAAAAAUUACCUCCUAGAAGAGAAGAUUGCCAGCCUCAGUAAUAUAGUCAGGAAUCUGGCACCAGCACCACUGACUUCUACACCUCCCUUGAGGUCAUAGCCAAGCCAAAGGAUACACUCAUUUGUGCACUUUACUGAAAUGGAUGGAACAUUUCAGUAGGUUCUCUCAACCUUUUUUUUUUUUUUAAACCUUUACUGGUUUAAAGUUCAGCUCAACCUAAAACUGCCAGCAACAGAACUGUACUCUCCAUUCACUGUAAUUAGUUUUUCUAAAGAGACUCUAAUGGAAGCUGCAAAUAGUCACAUAUUUCACUGUUUAAAUUAUUCCCCAGUUUUGAAUUUUAAAGACAUACCCUGAUAGCCACCAAAAAGGUGGGUAUAUGAACACAAUGCAAGAAUCUUAAAACCCCCAGUUGUGAAUAAGUUAAAAGACAAAACAAAACAAUAUUAUGUACAAAUGUUUGUGUAAAUUCCAGGUAUUUUAAGUUUUAGAUCUGAUGAGUUUGUUUUGAUCUUUAUUUGAAAACCAAAUGUCUGUCUUCUUACACAUUUAAAUAUGGAGAAGUCAUUCUGUUUCCAAUAAUUUUGGCUCUUUAGUGAGAGACCCUGAGCUCAAUAACCACGGAGGACAGAAGAGCCAGAGCCCAUGUACUUGACCUUCUAACACCUAUGGCAGUAUUACCACUCCUGAUGGAUUAUGGAUACUAAAAACUGAUUUACUCAACUGCACUGUUAACUAAGGUUAAAACUGUACUUGCUUUAAAAAACCCAACUGUCUUUAAGCAUUUUUUUUCCUUCUGACAAGUUUCAUUUGGGGAGCUUAUCUUCUAAGAAAUGGAUAAAGCCACAUUCUUAUAGCAUUUGAGCUAUAAGGAAAGCACUGAACACAAACCACUUUCAACAGUUACUCUUAGAAGAGAGUUAAGCAAACCAUGUGGUUUUCUCUCUCUCUACAGUCUUGGAGUUCAUCAACUUACUUUUAGGGUUGCUUCAAGAACUCAGGGAACAAUAUUUUAAAUGGUCUUCCUGAAACACUGUAGGGCCUCUUUAAGAAUCUGAAAUGCAUAAGCCAUGUGACCUUAUUUGUCUUAGAUUUAGAGCCAUAGGAUUUUUAGUUUUACAUUUUUACUGAAUUUACUCUUUUGGAAAAAACAUUGAUUUUAGCAUUAAAAACCUAACUUGAAGUUAUUAUUUGUUUAACAGAGGAAUAGGAAGUAUGGAAAUUUUAACCUAACACCUCAAAUCUGAUCAUAAGAAUUUCUUAACUCUGAUAAGCACUGGCAUGCAUUCUGAGGUAAAGGAAUGCCAAAUAGGAUUUUCCAUUCAGUCGCAAGACCAGAACUUUCUAGAACAGUCAACAUUUUAGAAUAGGUAACUUUUAUUUUCCCCAAAUAAAAUCUUUGCUUCUAGCCCACUUCAGCUAGUCAGGCAUUGGUGGAGGACUUACUAUGUGUAAGACACUAACAAAGCUCAUCUUAACUAGCUAUUUGUUUUUGUAGGACAGCAAUUAGAUGAGAAAAAUUCACUCUGAUACAUUCCUGGAAGGCCAAGCCCAUCAAUUUACAAGACAAAUAACAGCAAAAUCACAUACUGCUUUAUGGGCAGCAACAAAAGAUGAUGCAAACCGCCUAAGAGGUCAUAUAGAGUUAACAAAAUCUUUGGGCACCUGGGUGGCUCAGUGGGUUAAGCAUCCAACUCUUGAUCUUGACUCAGGUCAUGAUCUCACAGUUCAUGGGAUGGAGCCCCUCGUGGGGCUCUGCCCUGACAGCAUGGGCCUGCUUGGGAUUCUUCCCCUCUCUCUGCCCUUCCCCGACUUGUGCGCGCAAGCACUCGCGCUCUAAUAAACAAAAAAAAUUUUUUAACAAAAUUUGCAUCAAGCAACUUUAGAUAGGUUUGUGGCCUAACCAUCUAUUAGUCCCACCUGACAACCUACUGCCAGCACCGGAGUCCUCACUACCAGAGCUCUGACAAGGCAUGGCCAUUUGUGGGACUGGAAUUCACAUUCAUGAAACAGACCUUUUCAUGUCUGGACAGCUCUUAUCAGAAAGUCAUGAAUACCCCCCUGGAAAAAUAACUAAUUUUAAUUCUUCCCUUUAGUUAUCCUUCAAAACAUUUGAUGUCUGCUAUCACGCCUUCCUUAAUCUUUCUUCCCCAGUACAAACAUUACUAGUAACCCCAACUACUUGUAUGGCAUAGGCUUUAACAGAGAAUCUUUUUCACUGAAAUCUGUGGAUAGACCUAGACUACUAAGGUCAUAAAUAAACUAUGCAUCUGUGGUAUAUUUAUGUAAUAUGAUUCAAGUUAAGGUUACUGCUAUCAAAACUGAACAAGCAAAUUACUCAAAUUACGGCUUUAGCAUAUGAUCACAUGUGUUGUAUUUUUUACGUUAUGAAAAGCAUAGGUUAAUUUCUCAUCAAUGUGUAUUUACAUGUAUAUAAAAUGCUGUACAAUGCAUGUAAAUAGGACUUUCUGGAAAGUUUUAGAAAACAUUCAGAAUCCCCUUUAUCCAAAAAUCAAAAUGCUGCUCAAAUGAAAGUUGACUCAGUCAAUAUCUAGGUGCUUAUUCAUUUCUUGCUUUACUGCACUUAUAAAAUUGCAAGACCAACAUGAGAAAUAGGUACCUUAAAUUUUCACAUUUGUGCAGUUUAUUUUUGUAGACUAGAGUGGGAAUUUAGCUGGCAAUUUAUAAUAGCACGUUAUUUUAUAGGCAUUUAGCCACUUGUUUAUUAAAAGCACUGGUUAAACUUUCUUUGUAUUUCUGAACAGUUAUUUAUGUUAGUUUCAGAAGAUGGAAUCUUCAUUUCAAGGAAAGAAAAUCAGGUUUGCCUUUGUGAUAUGUUAACUGAGACGAAAAUGUGUGUAACAAAGCCUACAUUGUUCUAUUUUUGCUUUCUUAUGCUUCUUAGAGCCUGAACUCUUAAGCUCAAGUUGUGAGGGGAGAAAAGUAGAGAGGGAGGGGUAGAACUGAUCACAGUAUUUUAUUUUUCUAAAACUCUUUUAAAACCCAGAUUUUAAAAACUAUUUUAAAUGUGAAUCCUUCCCAGGAGCUUCAAAUGCAUUGCUUAUGUAUUUAAUCUCAAGCAUAUUUUACAUAAAUAGAUCACAAAAUCAUGAGUUUUUAGGGUAUCAAAGGAGGUCUUACAGGUCUAGUGUUUCAAUAAUGUACAAAUACCCAGGUCAGGUAUUGUUAUGAUGAACUUUUUUUUUGCUGGAAGAAUGAAUAAAAAGUCUACUUUAUGGUCAACUUUGACAUGUAGGAAUGAUUUUUUGUGGGUUUUUUUCUUGAGUGAAGAAAAAAAAAAAAAAGAAAUGUGUUGUUUUUGUCAGCAUCUUAAAAGGUAUUCCCAAUCCAGGCACGACUAAGUGCUUUGUAAGAGUAUUGAGCAAGUCUUGUUUUGAAUGGAUUACCUAUAAUGACUCAGUGGAAUGAGAGACAAUUUCGGCCAAAAGCCAAGUCAAAACCUAAUAACCAAAGUAUUCCAUAUUUAAAACUUAUUAUAUCAUGUUAGGGCCUAUUUGAACAUCUCAUAGACUAAAACAGAAAACACUGCAUGGCAUAUGGAUAGCUGUUUAAUAAUAAAAGUUAGCUCUUUAUUUCUCAGCUUUUUUGAAUGAUUUAACAUGAGAAGACACUUUCACACCAUGAUUUAAGGGAACACUGGUUUUGUGGAGGAAAAAAAAAACAAGUUCAUCAAAAGCCAUCCACAGGAUAACUUUUUGAAAUAAAAUUGUGUAUGUGUUGAUAUCAACUUUGUAUAUUUCAUCUUAGCCAUUCUAUCUUAGGAAGGUUUUAAUGUGAGCUUAAGAUGUAAAUAAAUAAUUUUGCAAACAUG